CAACGACGGCCAAUCGCUACCAAGUCGCAACUGCGCACAAUCAGAAAUUCGACAGAAUCCCCCACCGCGUGCCCAACUUAACAGAAGCGUCUCCGGCCAAACACUGCGGUUCAUCCCGUUACAUAUCGCUUUACUAAUUAGUGAUUAAUCUUUCAUAGGGCUUUGAAUAACAAAAACAAUAAAAGAAAAAUAUAGCCAAAGAGAGUGAUAGGGGAGUCGGAGUUUGUUGUUGGGUGGGUUGUUUGACGCAUGAUAGUCCAAGCGGAAUAAUUGCAUAUGCUGAAACGAUAACAAGUAAAUAUUAGUCGCAGUAAAACAAGAGUUGAAAUAGAUUUUUUUAAAUUGCCAAUCUAGUCAGUUAUUUCGCGACUACUUAACCAAUUCCUACUCGCGGACUCGUAUUCGGGACAAGUAUUUUAAUUUUAUUUAUCGGCCUUAGCACAAGGUUCGUCAUAAUAUUAUUACAAUGGGAGACAGUGAUGUUGCUGACGCAUUUGGCUGUAGCAGAAACAGCAUCGCUCCUAUUAAUCAAAUUCGCACUGCUCCAACCGAACGCUAUGCUACCCACUAUAAUAUGAAUCAUGGAAAGCGUGGAUUAGCCAUAAUAUUUAACCAUGAAUUUUUCACAGUCAGCCAUUUAAAACCACGUUGUGGCACAAAUGUUGACUGCGAAAACCUUGCGAAUACUUUAAAAGAUUUGGGCUUUGAAGUAAAUGAUUUUCAUAAUUCUACGCACAAAGAUAUAGCUAAAUAUUUGGAGAAAGUGGCUGAAAUGGACCAUUCCCAGCACGAUUGCCUUAUUGUCGCAGUAUUAAGUCACGGAGAGUUGGGUCUACUUUAUGCCCACGAUACUCCAUAUAAGGCUGAUACAAUUUGGUCAUAUUUUACAUCGGAUAGAUGCCCAUCUCUUGCCGGAAAGCCAAAGCUCUUUUUUAUUCAAGCUUGUCAGGGUGAUAGACUCGACGGUGGAAUUAGCUUAAAGGAAAGAACAGAAACCGAUGGACAUCCAACCGUCACAUUUCGCAUUCCAACACACGCUGAUUUCUUAAUCGCUUAUUCGACUGUUCCAGGAUUUUAUUCUUGGCGAAAUACAACUCGUGGUUCAUGGUUUAUGCAAGCGCUUUGCUUGGAGCUCAGAGAGAACGGUACUCGAUAUGACUUAUUAACGCUUCUCACAUUCGUAUGUCAGCGUGUUGCAAUAGAUUUUGAAUCGAAUACACCUGAUAAUAUAACGAUGCACCAGCAAAAGCAAAUACCAUGUAUAACAUCGAUGCUAACGCGUCUUGUGAAAUUUCCGUCAAUACAGAAUGGAAUAUCAUAAUCAGUGUAUUUGAAUCGAAUACAUAAGCAAAC